CUCAAUAUGGAAGAACGAUCGUGGGUUUAUAUAAUCAUGAAUCGUAGGUCCAAUAAUAAGACAAUCCUCUUUCUUCACACCUAUAUUCAUCUAUUACCAGAUCGAGAUUCGAGAGGGAAAGAGUAUAAACUAUCUACCAGACUAGUGUCUGGAUAGCAUCAAAACCAGGAAGAAUCCAGUUAAAGAUAAAGCUGUCAAGGUUGCAGCACACUUGCACUUAUACUUACUAUACUUACUACAGAUAGAUAAGAUCCCCGUAAAUCACGAUUGCUUUAGUAAGUAAAAGGGAUGAUGAAAUGUGAAGGUUCGACUGAAAAUUCACAUAAGAUAUUCUUCAAUCCUACCUACCACCUUCAUUCUGAGCAUAUUUUGAAUUCUUCACGUCAGAUUUAAAAUCAUAUAUCUAUAAACUCUUAAUAUUAAUGGCUCCUCCUCAUACUGAAUUAGCCAGCAACAACAUGUCUUCGCAAUCAAAUGAAAGUAGUCGACGAGGUAAAGAUGGACAAAGUCAACGUCUCCUCGAGGUCGAUGGUAAGAAGCCCAAUGGUAAUUCAGAAACGACACUCACUCACAGAAAAUUAGAAAAUUCCAAUGUUGAUACGAAGCCAGCCUCUAAACCGAAGCGUGGAACAUGGAGAAAAGCCUUCGGACUUCUGAAAAAGGUUGAAAUGACUGAGGAGCAGACGAAGGAGAUUAUGAGCGAAAUAAACAAGAUACAGAAGGAAAUCCAGGAAAUAGAGGAUAAUUACGAGAAUAAUCAAAAGCAGAAGAGUAUUUGGAGAAAGGAAAUUUUACGUGAAUAUGAGGAAGGGAGGAAAGAAACGAGUGCGGAAGAAGAUAAGAGAAGACUGAAACAUUUGGGCACGGAUGCACCAUACAUCCCGGAUAGAAUAAUUCAUCAGGAUGUUUUUUCAAUAGAGCAGCGCUGGAAAGAAGAUGAUAGGAUCGCGGACGCAAAGAGAGAUGAUCUACUGAGACCGCUGUAUCGGAAGGAAAAAAACCUUUAUUCGAAGUUGAAGGAAAGAGAGAGGUUGCAACAUGAAGAGCCAAAAGCAAAGGGCAAGAUAUCGACCAGGGAAGGAGAGAGACUGCAAUUGCAAAAGUUGAAAGAAAAAGACGACAUAUCGGUAGAAGAAGCAAAGAGCAGAUUGAAAAAGCUCACACCAUUCAUUGUUCCCCAACAACCCAGCUAUAUUAAGGAACGCAAGCCCUCUUCUUCGCCUGAGGAGUUGAAAAUGGAACUGAUGUUGGAAUGGGCCGAUGAAACUUGCAAGGAGUGGAUUUAUGAUCAUCUUGAGGAUUACCUUGAUACCUAUGAGAUAGAGCAGGUAAAGGAUGACUUGGCGCAAAUGCAAGAAAUCUGUGGACAGCGUAUGUUUAGGGCGACAGAGAGCGAGUGGCAAGACUGGUUGUAUGAUGCCGGCCGCGUGAUGUAUUGCAAGCUGCAGUCCAUCGUAACGACGGCGACGGAAAAGAGAACGGCAAAAGAAAGAAAUUGUGGAAGUGGAAGCGACCGCAUAAUGGUGUUGUAGAGAGCCCAGAACCCACCAGAAAGAUAUAGGGUUAAACGGAGCGGACUGCUCGCUUGCUAAUGUCGCUCUUGAAUACAUACCUAAUAUACCAUAAUUGACAACACAAUCUCAGGAUAAAUACCAUCAGUCUCAUAAGAUCCUUUUGACAGCAAAAACCUCAGCCAGAAGUUCACCAGCGUGUUUACUCCAAUUCCACAUUUCCAAAAAGCUAUCCCCGAGC